AUGACCACCGAGGUCGAGCAUGCCGUGGCCCUGACCGCGGCUCCUCCCGUGCCAACUCCUGGUUCUGUCCUCGACAGCGAAGUUGUCACGCCUACGUCUUCAAACAAGCUAUCACCAUCACAGUCCAGCUCUGGUGGCCAUGGCAGCUCUAAUUCGAAGCGACCUCCCCGGAAGAGUACCUUGACCCAGCAGCAGAAGAAUCAAAAGAGACAGAGAGCAACACAGGAUCAGCUCACUAUACUGGAAUUGGAGUUUAACAAAAACCCAACCCCUACUGCUGGAGUGCGUGAAAGAAUAGCGGAUGAGAUCAACAUGACGGAGAGGUCCGUUCAAAUUUGGUUUCAGAACCGACGAGCCAAAAUUAAGUUGUUGGCCAAGAAGAGUCUGGAAACGGGUGAAGAUAUUGACUCUAUCCCGGAGUCUAUGAGGGCAUACCUGGCCAUGCAAGCCAUGGAAACUGGCAAAGGACUCGGCGGUAACUAUCUUGGCCGUACUGGCUUGAUUCCCUUUGGCCACAAUGGUAUGCUGCUUGGCGGCGACCAAGUCCAGGGCAAAGUUUUGAUCCACCAUCUCACCUGCCGCUCUCUCAGCAUCGGAAAAUGGACUCGGGUCGGACAGAACACCAUGGACCUCAUUAUCUUUUACUCACCUGACAAGUGCACCAUGACCUACUACAUUAAUAACGAACAGGCGGGAUACAAGAUCGAGUAUCCCUUUUCGUACAUUAAGAACAUCUGGUUGGAGAAUAACGAGACUGACCCAAACAAGAUGGGUGGCAUUGUCAUUGAAUUGAACCGUGCCCCCCACUUCUUCAUGGAUUCAUCGUCAACGACGAGCGGCUUUUACCCGGUUAACGACUUUACAGAGGACCUUCAGGCCACUCAGUGCAUGAUACACCAGCUCGGGGGAAACCCAAAGGUUUUGACAAACCAAUUGGCCAAACUCGUCUCUCUCGAUUCCUUCAUGAACCGACAUAACCCUCAGCACUUCCCGACCGCCGUUGUCACUGAUCCGCAUGCGAUUUCCGUGUCAGCUCCGGUAUCUCCAACAGCACGACCAGCCUCUCAACCCAACUUUCAUCAGCCACACCCUGGCAUGGUGCAGGAACAUUGGGGUAUGAACCAGAUGCACUCGGCAAUUCGACCGCCGCCACAUGGUCACAAGAGACAGCGAAGUCGGUCUGUACCCGGUCCGAUCGACUUUGCCAUGUUCCAAAACCAGCCAAUGCCCUCGUUCUACAUUCAACCGCCUCCUGAGAUGGGGGCUCAGCACAAUCCGAACAUUUACGCCCCUGUUCCACAACAGCCAAGCGGCAUGGGUCACAACCUCAGGAUUGAUACUCAGGCUGGUUUCGGACUCGAUAUGCGUCAAUACCCCAUGUCGGCCACGACUGCCUCACCUGCUGAGUUUCCUCCCAGCCCCGCUGGCACCUAUGUAUCACAUGGACAGGAGACGGCACCUCUCCCGACGGCCAGUUUUGGGACUCCCUACAGCAACAGUGGGUUCCUGUCGCCCAUGGUUGGUCCUGAGCACAAUGGUGGCACCAUGUCACCAAUGCCGUACAACGGUGCUGCUGAGCCGUCCAUUGUCGAACAGUCUCCACCAAUUUCGAUGAUGGGCCGCCCGGGUUCUGCCGAAAUCUACGUCGGCGGUCAUGACGGCUCUUGCGCCGUUUCAGAGGAUGGCACGAGUCUGAACGAGAUGUAUUCCAAGCACAUCAUCAACCUGCCUAUGCAUGGCCAGUCUCCAAACAACUUUAUAAAUCCGCAACAGAGCGAAAUCGAUAUGGACCAGUUGGUCCAAUUCGACCACGUCGAGCCCGUUAGCUUGUCACCAGAGUCUGUUGCGCAUCCUGCAUGA